AUGGGUGGGCUAGUUCAGAUGCUUAAGAGGCCUUUUCCCAAAUCCUUAAAGAAACGACGAAAACUCCCACAAUCAACUGCCGAGUUACCUUGCCGAAAUUAUGAGCAAAAGGUUGGAGUUAUCGGUAUCGACCCAGAAAAGCUGGUGAAGAAGCUGGAGCUGAAGUUUCCUUGCGGAUUCGAUGUACAUAUGAUGCAUAACACCUAUAUUAUCCAGGGCUGCGAGGAUCUGACGUCGGUAAGGCUAUGUCUAUAUGUCCGCGGUCAUGACCAUGCUGAUUAA